UCAAUGGCUAAUUUACAAAAUCAAGGGUGGAUUUAUAAUGAAAGUGAAAUAAAAGACGGGGGAAAAAUUAUUCGUUGCAACUAAUCUUAGUGAUAUGAUUGUUUAUAGUGUUUUAAUAAUGAUAUCCGAAUCAUUGGUGAAUGUUUGAAAUAAUUUCGAUUUAAUUGUCAGAAUGGAAAGUCGAUUUCUAUGUCAUUUCGCACUACUUUUAAUUUCUGUACAUUGUGCAACAGCCGAUGAAAGAGAAUCGAAAGAAAAUGAAAGGCAAUUAGAAGAAGAAAUCACGACACAAUCUACUGCAGCAGUAGCAACCACUGAAUCAUUCAGGCAUUCGCGAUGGUAUCGUUAUGGUAAUGAGAUGAAAGAAGCCGAACGCGGCUAUCACAAUGAGGACGAUGAACACUUUGACGAUCAUGACAUGGAUCAUGAUAUGGACGUGGAAAUGGAGAAUACAAAGGCCAUGACACAGCCAAAAGCUGAAUAUUGGAAUGGCUACUAUGAUUUUCUCAUAAAUGAGGGGAGCUACAAAUUCUGGGCAGUUUUUCAGCUUGCAACAGCUGCACUGUUAAUAUACAGCGGUUUUGCGGCACUUUAUUACGCAAAGGUGAAUCCACCAGCAUCUCCCGACUACGAGGACUAUUUCCUCAGAAGAAGGCGAAGAAGAAGACGAAGAAGAUCAUUCGAAUUUAGCCCGCAAGAAAGAAUAUUCUUCAGUCUUGGGUCAGAGAGGGUUCAGCGAAUACUAGACGCGAUUGCGAAAGAAAUUCACUAGAUAACAAAUAAUAUAUAUAAAUGUAUGUGAAUUUUCUGAAUUCUUGUCCUUUUGAAAAUUUAUAUUAUUAUUAUUAUUAUCGUAGUUCUUUAAAUUCCUUAUUCAGUGAAAUGAUAAUUCACUUAAUUUACCGGACAAUGCAUAUAAUCGAUA